AUGACCCAUUUUGAAGUUGGUUCUAAACUUUCACCUCCCAAUGUUAUAAUUCUUAAUGCUGGAGAUCCACUAUCAAAUGAUUCUGCUGUAGAUAAAUGCCUAAGGAUGUAUUUAACUGAAAUUGGUAUGGAAAAUAAUGGAAAUAUUAAUGUAGUUGCUGAUGAAGCAAUAUUUAGACGAGGUAUUAGUUAUUGUAAAACAAAUCAAAAAACAAAAAUGAUUCUUGGGCAGUGGCAUACAAAUAAAGACAUGAUGAUGACAUUAAUUACAAUUUUUUCAGGUUAUGGGAUAUUCAACAUGGCAGGAAUAUUAGGUGGAAUAUUCAAUCUACAACAUGAAAGUUUAAAAGCUUUCUCACCUUUGUUUCCUGUUGCUGGUAAAUCCAAUUAUGCAAGAUCUAUAACAUAUCAUAUAUAUUGUAUAGAAAAUGAUCCUUUACUUCGUAAAAUGCUUCAUAUAGCACCAUCUGUUAAUUUAACGAGCCCUGGACAUUUUUUUGCAUAUGACGAAGCGUUAGAAAUAUUUGAGGUAACGUUUGUAAAACAAAACGUAAUAAGAAUUCCAACAGAUGGGGAAGAAUUAAAAUUAAAAAUAAAAGCUACACAACUAGAAAAGGAGCGAACAGAAAUGCUGAUUUGUGAUUACAUUGGAGAUUCUUCUGAAAAUCCUCUUGAAAAUCCAGUAUUUGAAUUCUUAAAUCAAGAAAUUUUGUUAACAGAACAUUAUACAACUGUUGGUAGAAGAGCAAGAAAUAUUAUACGUGUUACAGUUGCUGAUAUUACUAAGAUGAAGAAGGAAAAGAAAAUAGAAAUGAGAGAAGAAAAAGAAAAGGAGAAAAGGAAAGGGAGAGAGAGAGGGAGAGAGAGAGGAAGUGAAAGUGGAAGAGGAAGUGGAAAAGGAAGUGGAACAAGGAAAAGGAGAAGGAGAAAGUGA